GAGUACAGAUGGUGUCAUUAGUGAUAAAGUUUUGUAAGGAAAUGUUCAAACAUAUUUUUAGACACACAACUUUUUGUUUUUUCCUGCAGUUGUCAGUAGUGUUGAUGACGAUUCAAGGCAAAAUGACUGAAAAAGAAUUCAAGUUAGAACCAGACUGUGAACUUCGUUUUGAAGUUGAAGGAAAAAAAGAGACUGUUGACUUGAAGUUAUUAAGUGGAAAAGCAGAAGUGUUUGGAACAGAGCUGGCACCAGACAAGCCUUAUACUUUCUUCUGUGCCAAGGCUGCUGUGUAUACCUGGCAUGGUUGUACUCUCAAGCUCACAGGAAAUACAGAAGGUACAUACAUUGCAAAAGAAACUCCAAUGGUUAUGUAUUUAAAUACGCAUGCGUGUUUAGAACGAUUACGAAAACAUGCUGAUGAAGGAUUGAAUCGUGGAGAAGACACUAGAGGGCCAGUUACAAUGAUUGUGGGACCUGGAGAUGUAGGAAAAUCAACCCUGUGCCGAAUUCUUCUAAACUAUGCUGUGCGUAUGGGACGCAGACCCAUCUUCGUGGAUUUGGAUGUUGGUCAAGGAUCUAUUGCUAUUCCAGGCACUAUAGGGGCUAUACUGGUUGAGCGUGCUGCCUCAGUAGGUGAAGGCUUCUCUCAGGAGGCUCCCUUGGUCUACAACUUUGGACACUUAGUCCCACUAGCCAAUUUGACAUUUUACAACAUCCUGGUGUCUAGAAUGGCAGCCACAGUUCAAGACAAAAUGGUUGGCAAUAGAAAAGGUAACAUAUGUUGUGAACAUUGUAUAUUUUUUGGUAGAUAUUGUUGUGAAAAAAAUAUAGAUGGAUACCCUCAAUUCUGAUAACCUUGGGACACCCUGACCCAGCUUAUUUUCAUUAUAACCCAGUUUUCAGGAACUAAAUAAGAGUAUGCUAUUGUGGAUAUAUUUCCUAGGAUAGCCUAUACACCCCUCCCUGUCAACAGUGAACUUGCAAUAUACCAUUUUUGUUAUAUCCUUUCAUGGCAAAUAGCUUAAGUUUGACCUACUUGAACACAUGAUGGAAAUACUGUCAAAGGCCGUGCUUCUGUUCCACCUAGUAUUUUGGUGGUAGUGUCCACAUAACUCAGACAUUGAGCAGGUGUUAAUCUUAACCCUUUCUAUGUCCAGACCCCUGAAAUUAAUAUUGUUCUGUGUCCACAUUUAACCCUUUGACUGUUUUGACCGUAUACAUACGUCUUAUGAGCCAACGUUUUUGACGUAUUAAUACGCCAAAAUACUAGCGGCUUCAAAUCAAGCGGGAGAAAGCUGGUAGGCCCACAUGUGAGAGAAUGGGUCUCCAUGGUCAGUGUGUGCAGUAUAAAAAAAGUCAGGGAGUCAGUGGUGCAUUGUGGGAAUGCCAUUUCAGUAGUCCUUGUUCAGCAUGCCUAGUGGUAAGAAAUAUCUGACUCCCCGGCGAAUCUGGUCAGUGAAGAUGAAUUUCAUGGUUUUGAGGAGUUUGUGACCGAAAGCAAUGCCCAGGAUACCAGAAGGAAGGAAGGAAGGAAGAAAAGUAAGGAAGGAAGAAAGGAAAGAAGGAAGAAAGGGAGGAAGGAAGGAAGAAAGGAAGGAAGGAAGGAAUUAAGAAAGAAAGAAAGGGAGGAAGGAAGGAAAGAGAUGAGAGGAAGGAAGGAAGGAAAGAAGAUGUAAGGAAGGAAGGUAUGGGUAAUGUUACAAUUGGGAUGGUAUAUACAUGCAGUAGCAGGUGGUGGUAUAAUGCUAUGUUAUGUAACCAGGCUGGUAGCCUGGGUACAUGACUCAGCACAUGCACAGAAAGGCCAGCUUCAACCACUCACACACCACAAUAACCUUCACAACCACAACAACCUGCACAACCACAGCAACAACAACUUUCACAACCACAGCAACAACUUUCACAACCACAGCAACAACAACUUUCACAACCACAGCAACCUGCACAACCACAACAACUUCCACAACCACAACAACCUGCCAACAAAAAUGCAGAGACACUCAUUUUAUGUGUGAGGAGUGUAAAACAGGACUGUGUAUAACACCAUGUUCAAAGAGUUCUACAAGCUGCAGCACUUCUAGGAAAGUGUCCAGUGACUGUACAUUUUUAUAUAUAUUAUAGAACAAUAGUAAUAAACAACUUUUUGUAUUGUUGGUUUGUGUAAACAAGUUUUGUAAACAAUAUAAUGAUAAUGUUUGUGCAGUUAUUGUGUUCCAUACAACAAGUGUAUAUAUGUACAUUGCACCAUUUGGUCUCACAGGCCACGUAAGUUAAUUGAAAAAGUAAAAUAUUGGAAAAUACACAAGAAACCUUUGAAUGAAAGUAAAAAUAAUUUUACCGGGUGAGUGGCAUUCACCGCUGUUGCCACACGCAAUUUUUUUUGGGGGUGGGGUGGGGGGGGGGGCUUAAAACAAUCAGCAAGUUAAUCUUAACAUUUUGGUAAGAAAAUUUUUUUUUUCCCGAAUAUUUUGCGACACUGAGACAGUUUCAGAAUUGGGGUUGUGACAGUCAAAGGGUUAAAAAACUUCUGAAAUGAUAGAGAAUCUUUUUCUGAAGGUAAUGAUGCCAACAGUGCAAAAUUUGAUAGAAAAGUUAUGGAAUUAUGCAGGCACAAGUUAGUGAUCUGGGCACAAUUUAUGCCCUGGUGUUUUCUCUCACUCUGAUUCCUAUUUAAGCCAGUUUCAUUGCUCGAUUCAGCCACAUUCUUGCUAUCAAUUUUGAAUUCAUAAUCACAGAAGUUGAGGAUUUUCCCUGUUAGAUAAAACAUAACCAGGAAUGAUUGGUCAUGGUUUAUAGCAUCCCAAUAGCCUCUCCUUACUUAGCGACGUACUUGUUUACCGACGCCUUGGACUUAUGACGGGCUCUCUGACCAGUAUUCGUACCUAAAUAAUGUAUAUUAAAGCUGAUUUCCUCUAUUCUGUUUAUUUCAAUAUACAGCACACUAUUCUAUCAACAUUUAAAAAUAUACCAGAAAUGUUAUAAAUGGUGCAAAGGUGACAGAAACAAUAUCAAAGAUGGUUGAGACAAACUUGGUACCAUUAUAGUAUGAUCCUCACUUAGUGAUGAAUUUGUUUAACGACGUGGUCUUAGGAAUGGAACUCGGUCGUUAAGUGAGGAGAGGCUGUAAUUAAAUCAGGACCUAUUAAAAAGCCACAAAACAGACUGGGGGGAGGGGAUGUAAGAGACCUAUCUCUUUUCAAGGGAAAUUGGCAAAAAUUUAAUAUUUCUUUUACUUAGAUCCCAAUUUUAAGUUACUUCUAGUCCUGAAAACUAACAAAUUUAGUAGUAUAUCUUCCAUUCUAUCAAAAGAUAUCAAGAAUCAGUCAGU